AUGAUCACUGAAUUUCUGAAUGUCACUGUGGCUAGCGGCCCAGGUGUCGGGAUAGCUUCGCCCAUCGUCAUGACACUUACCGGUGUGCUGGGAAACCUCGUAUCCCUGAUUGUUCUCUACACCAGCAAGAUGGAGAUCCGGAAGACACCUUACUUCUUCUUACUCAUGGGUCAAGCGUGGUCCAAUCUCUUCAGCUACCUACUAACAGCACCGAUUCCUAUCAUAGUCUACGCGAACAAUCUCAAGUGGCUUGGGGGAAGACCCGUGUGUCAGAUGAGCGCGUUCGUUUUGACUGGCUUCGGAAUGGUCAUCCCGCUCUUUGUCGGAUGCCUGUCAUUGGAAAGACUUCUAGCCUUGAGAUUCCCUUAUCUUUAUACCCGAAAAGUUACAGUGACUAAAGCCAAAUGCAUUUUUGCUGUAUGUUGGAUCUUUGUGAUAGCUUUUUCUACUUUACCUUUACUUGGAAUCGGCUGUUACGAAUUGCAAUUUCCUGGAACGUGGUGUUUUUUUAACUUCCACAAUGAAUCCAUCAGUGACUCUGUAUAUGCCUUCAUGUACGCCAUAUUUAACAUCGUCGUCAUCGCUGGUAUUGUACUGUGCAACAUCGCCGUAGUAAUGGCUCUGAUCGGGAUGAAGAAAGAAAAACGCGCUUUGGCUUCGUGUGCUGUCAGCGGCCGACAGAAGAGUUUAUUUCAAGUGCAGAUGGAGACCCAGAUGGUGUGGUUUCUCUGCGCUGUCACUCUGGUGUUUGUCUGCUGUUGGAUGCCACUAAACGCCCAGAUUCUGAUAAACCUGACGACGGGAGCUGUCAACCCUCGGGCCGACCUGCUGUCUAUCCGGCUGGCCAGUGUCAAACAACUUCUCGAUCCCUGGUUGUACAUUCUUUUGCGGAGAUCAGUGCUCGUAAAACUUGUCAGCCCAUUCAAGGCAGUGUUCCAUGGAUUCCGAUCAAAAGGUGUACAAAAGCAACCCAGGUGA